AUGCCUUUCACCGCAUCUGACAUCUGCAAGAUCAUCCUUGCCAUCAUCCUCCCACCUCUCGGUGUUUUCCUCGAGAGAGGAUGCAAUGCUGAUUUCUUCAUCAACAUCCUGUUGACCAUCCUGGGUUACAUUCCGGGUAUCAUCCACGCGCUCUACAUCAUUCUCAAGUACUAA